CCCUGUCUCUCCUGUUUGUUCUUUAUCCCACCACCUCUGUUCCAGUCUCUCUAAUGGCUUCUUUGCUUCCGUUCUCUACUCUUCAACUCGAUCUCCUUCGGACAUCGGAUUCAUGGCCUUCUUUAAUGGAUCCUUAUACCCUUUUUUCGAUUUGAAAAAGAUAAGCUAUGAUCUUACUCUUGCUUAUUCUUUAUUCUUUGCCUCCUCUCUUCUCGGUUCUACGAGUUUUUCUUCGUGUUAUGCCCAUCAUCUUAUAACAAAAUCCAGCGUCUAAGCUUAUCCAAAUUGCGAGCAAAAGGGAGAAUCGGUGAAAAAGUACGAUAAAAAUCGUUUUUUUUUUGUUGCUUAUUUGUAUUAAUGGCGGCGAAGGCAACGGAGGGGGAGAUAGAAGAGCUCUCUGCUCGCAUGCAGGGCUGUCCUACAGAUUUUUUGAAGCGUUUUGGAGGGAAUCGCGGCCAUGAUGAGCCAGCAGUGGUGGCCGCGAGAGAGGAGGUGGAAGAGAUUGAGCUUAGCCUGGGGUUGUCUUUGGGCGGUUGCUUUGGAGUGGAAAGCAAGGAGAGGAAGCUUGUUCGGUCGUCUUCGGUCGCUACGCUGUCGAUGUUUCCGCUGGAGCAUGACCUCCCGAUGGUUCCUCCCCUCGCGAGGACGUGCUCGCUGCCGACGGAGACGGAGGAGGAGCAUAGGAAGAGGAAGGAGCUGCAGAGCUUGAAGAGAUUGGAGGCCAAGAGGAAGAGAUCAGAGAAGAAGAACUUGUCAAAGUUGGCAGCGGUGAGGGAUCAAAGGGAUGAGAAUUUAAAUGAGGGAGUGAAUGGUGGGCAUGGUAGGGUGCUGCCGAUGGCAGUUCAUACCGAGCUCAGUGGCUUCCCUGCUGUUCCCGGCAGCAACAAAGUUAGAGGCUUGAUGCAUGGUGCUCGGCCGAUAGAUGCCUCUGGAUGUUUCAGUCUGGCGUCUCAGGGUCCCGCUGGAUUUCAGGGGAGUAGCUCGUCCGGCGUGCCGGACUUCAAGACCCUUUCAGUGCAAGGGUCAAAUGGUUGUGCUACAGUCAGGAGCCCCUCGACCACCAUGUCAUUUCCUGAGAAUACCAAUCAUAAAGCAGCAACCAGCCCUGCGACAAUGAUGGUUGGUAAGCCUGCUCUCUCUGCUAGGGAGGAAGAAGAAUCCUCGACGAAGACUUCAGCGAGACCGAACGGGGUGCCGAGAGAGAUGGAGAGGAACAUGAUGCAAGAGAUGCCAUGCGUGUCCACGACGGGGGAUGGUCCAAAUGGGAGGAGGAUUGAAGGUUUCCUCUACAGAUACAAGAAGGGGGAGGAGCUGAGGAUUGUGUGCGUGUGCCAUGGCAGCUUCCUCACGCCCGCAGAGUUUGUUCGGCACGCCGGAGGUGGGGAUGUAGCUCACCCCCUCAGGCACAUUGUUGUCAACCCAAGCCCAUCAACCUUCUUGUAAUGGUGGUCACCCUUAGUUACCCAGGACCUUGUCAGAAAAACCACUGUUCCAACCAUUUGGGGUCUAUAAAGAGAAGUCCCCAAGAGCGGAACUUAGAGAAUGAGAAAAGGAAGUUUUACUCUUUUUUUUUUUUUUUUUUCUGAGUAUGCUGAGCUUUAGUUUCAUUUUCUUUCUGGACUGCAUGGUGUCUGUUGUUUUGAUAAUAUGCAAGCAGAAAAUUUUCACAUGUUCA